CGGCUCCCGCCCCGCGCGGCACGGCGUGGCGCGGCGCGGCCCCUCUUCCCAGCACUCCUUCCUCCGCUGCCUCUCUCCAUUUCUGAGGACGUCACUCGAGUCCCUCCCUGUCUGAAUCUCAUUACUCCGUGUGUUUCUCUCUGUCAAUAAUCCGGGAUCCAGACUCUCUCUGUUUCCAUCCCUCUCUAUCUGUCAAUCAGCGCCGCCUUUGAACUCAAAACCACUCCGACCAACUUCAACUGCCUCAAUCCGCGCGCCGCGCCUCGCCUCCGUCUCGCGCGCUUCUUUUGCUGCCAACGUCGCGCGCUUUGAGUCGCUGGAAGUCGCUAAUAGAGGGACCCCUCGGCUCGCGCUCGGCUCCGGGACCGCCGCGACUUCAAGGGUUUGCGCGGAGAGAAACUUUUUCAGCGCGUUUUCGUGGCCCCCCGGACUCGGUGUGCAAAAUGCCGCAACUGAACGGCGGAGGGGGAGACGACCUGGGCGCCAACGACGAGAUGAUCUCCUUCAAGGACGAGGGCGAGCAGGAGGAGAAGACGGCGGACACGGCGGCGGCCGAGCGGGACCUGGCGGACGUCAAGUCGAGCCUCGUGAACGAGUCGGAGACGAACCAGAACAGCUCGUCCGACUCUGAGGCGGAACGGCGGCCUCCUCCGCGCUCCGAAACUUUCCGGGACAAAACGAGAGAAAGUUUGGAGGAGGCUGCGAAGAGGCAAGAUGGAGGGCUGUUCAAGAGCCCCCCGUACCCGGGAUACCCGUUCAUCAUGAUCCCCGACCUCACGAGCCCCUACCUGCCCAACGGCUCGCUCUCGCCCACCGCGCGCACAUACCUGCAGAUGAAAUGGCCCUUGCUAGAUGUUCAAGCAGGAAGCCUACAGAGUAGACAAGCACUUAAAGAUGCCAGGUCCCCGUCUCCGGCACACAUCGUUGCCCCCUUCUGCUUGGAAUUCCCCGGACAGGGAGAUCUGAGCCUUCACCAAUUUCAGUUGUCCAACAAGGUCCCUGUGGUCCAGCACCCCCAUCAUGUGCACCCCCUCACGCCCCUCAUCACCUACAGCAACGAGCACUUCACACCCGGGAACCCCCCACCACAUCUACAGACCGACGUGGACCCCAAAACAGGGAUUCCACGACCACCACAUCCUCCGGAUAUUUCUCCUUACUAUCCACUGUCACCAGGCGCUGUGGGUCAAAUCCCCCAUCCGCUAGGAUGGUUAGUACCACAGCAAGGUCAGCCGGUCUACCCAAUCACCACGGGCGGAUUCAGGCACCCCUACCCGACUGCCCUCACCGUUAACGCCUCCAUGUCAAGGUUCCCCCCACAUAUGGUGCCCCCACAUCACAGCUUGCACACCACAGGCAUCCCGCACCCGGCCAUCGUCACGCCCAACGUCAAGCAGGAGUCCUCACAUAGCGACAUUGGCUCCCUCAACAGCUCGAAGCACCAGGACGCCAAAAAGGAGGAGGAGAAGAAGAAGCAGCCUCACAUAAAGAAGCCGCUGAACGCCUUCAUGCUCUACAUGAAGGAAAUGAGAGCCAAGGUGGUGGCUGAGUGCACACUGAAGGAGAGCGCUGCCAUCAACCAGAUCCUCGGCCGGAGGUGGCACGCGCUUUCACGGGAGGAACAGGCCAAGUACUACGAGCUGGCCAGGAAGGAGCGACAACUGCACAUGCAGCUGUACCCGGGAUGGUCGGCGCGAGACAACUAUGCGGGUUCCCAACAGGGGAAGAAGAAGAAGAGAAAAAGGGAAAAGCAGCAAGGCGACGGUAACGAACACAGAGAGUAUUUUCCAAACCCUUGCCUUUCCCUCCCUCCGAUUACAGAUCUGAGUGCUCCUAAGAAAUGCCGAGCGCGCUUUGGCCUCGACCAACAGAGUAACUGGUGUGGCCCUUGCAGGAGGAAAAAAAAGUGCAUUCGCUACAUACAAGGUGAAGGCAGCUGCGCCAGCCCCCCCUCCUCAGACGGAAGCUUACUCGACUCGCCCCCUUCCUCCCCCUCCCUGAUCGCCUCCCCCCAGAAAGACUCCAAACCUCAGACUGAACAGAUGCAACCUCUCCCACUGACUAUGAAACCAGCCCCCUUGGCACACCUCCACACGCCACCAUCUUUGGGUCUGCUGGGAAGCGUCGCGGCAGGCAAGCCGGGUGCUCAGAACGGGUCGCUGGAGCGCCCGGAGGUCUCGUCCCGGCAGCCAGGGUCUUCGUCGGCCCUGUGUCAGGCCCGCUCCACGCCCUCUCAGCCCCUGUCGCUCGUCACCAAGUCAAUAGAGUAGCCCUUUUUUCCGCUCCGCCAGUCGUUUGCCCUGUUUUUCGUUCCGUGUCUUUUUUUUUUUCUUUUUUUUAUCACGUUUGUUUUCCAAUUUUGUGCCGAACGGCUUUAAAAUAAAAUAAAAAAUAAUUUUAUCAAGUUCAUUGGUCAAUAUUUGACCUCUCAUUAACUCAAUAACAAAGUAGGAAAAACAUGCAGUACAGUGAAUUGUAGAUAAGCUUUGUGAAUCUGCCAAAAUUUCUAUCGAGAACCAUUAAGUCUUUAGUGUUUAUCAAUGAAACUGAACAUAAGUAAUUGUUACUGUACGUAGAUGCAGACAGACACCAGACACUCAAAAAGGUGGAGAAAAAAGACUGGUAUUUAGAGAGAUCGAGUUCAGCGCUUUCUGGGGAAAAAAAAAAGAAAAAGUUGGUUCUUGUUUAUUAUUUGUAUUAAAUACGAGCUUGUGAACCAAUCAUUUUAGGUCUGUUGAAAUCUCAGAAUUUGGCACAGCCAAAAAAAAAAAAGAGGUCGUGCCACCUGUUCAACUGUGCGGAACAACUUUAAUUGUGAUGUUACUCGUUAUUGUUUAAAUGUACAGAAAUAUUUGGGGGAAACUGUGUUAAUAUGGAUCGUUCCAGGGCGUUGUCUUUUUUAAUUUAGAUUUUUAUUAAUGUUCUAUCUGGGAGGGAGGAGGGGGGCUGGGGAUGCAGUUGUUUGUUGUUUGUGGGGCAGCGAAGGGAGCUG